UUUCAUAAAGAGUUUCCCAGUGGCUGGGAAGUGAAAAGAACAGGAGGCAAGAGCCCCCUGCUAACUCUGCUCUCUCAGGCUCCCAAAAAUCCAAGGUCAGAGAGCAUAGACAGCCUCUGGAGGUCUUGUCAUGUACCGGCAGCAGCUAUGGCUGGGCUUCCUACUCCCUGUGACAGUCUUGUGCCGAGCCUUGGGGCCUGCAGAGAAGAAGGCAGCUAUGGAUUACCUGUUGCAGUUCGGGUACCUGCAGAAGCCUCUAGAAGGACCUGAUAACAUCAGGCCAAAAGAUGUCACAGAGGCUCUGAGAGCUUUUCAGGAAGCAUUUGGGCUGCCAAUCUCAGGUCAGCUGGAUGAUACCACAAGGGCCUACAUGCAGCUGCCUCGUUGUGGCCUGGAGGAUCCCUUCAACCAGAAGACCCUCAAAUACCUGUUGCUGGGGCGAUGGAGGAAAAAGCACCUGACCUUCCGCAUCUUGAAUCUGCCCUCCAACCUCUCACCCCACAUAGCCCGGGCGGCCCUGCUUCAAGCUUUCAAGUACUGGAGCAGUGUGGCUCCCCUGACCUUCCAGGAGGUGCAGACUGGCUGGGCUGACAUCCGCCUCUCCUUCCAUGGCCGUGAAAGCCCAUACUGCUCCAAUACCUUUGAUGGUCCUGGGAGGGUGCUGGCCCAUGCUGACAUCCCUGAGCUAGGCAGCGUACACUUCGAUGAAGAUGAACUCUGGACUGAGGGGACCUAUCGCGGGGUGAACCUGCGCAUCAUCGCCACCCAUGAACUCGGCCAUGCCCUGGGACUUGGCCACUCCCGAUACACCCAAGCACUUAUGGCCCCUAUCUAUGCUGGAUACCGUCCCUACUUCAGGCUGCACCCAGAUGAUGUGGCUGGGAUCCAGGCUCUAUAUGGCAAGAAGAGCCCACAGACAAAGGAAGAAGAAAAGAUGAAGGUGCCCACUGUACCCCCAGUGCACAGAGAGCCCAGUCCUAUGCCAGACCCCUGCAGUGGAGAACUGGAUGCCAUGAUGCUGGGGCCCCGUGGAAAGACCUAUGCUUUCAAGGGAGACUACGUGUGGACUGUGACAGAGUCAGGGCUGGGUCCUUUGUUCCUAGUGUCUGACCUUUGGGAGGGGCUGCCAGGAAAGCUGGAUGCUGCUGUCUACUCUCCUCGAACACAGUGGAUUCACUUUUUUAAGGGGGACAAGGUGUGGCGCUACAUUAAUUUCAAGAUGUCUCCCGGUUUCCCCAAGAAACUAAAUAAGGUAGAACCCAACUUGGAUGCAGCUCUCUAUUGGCCUGUCAACCAAAAGGUGUUCCUCUUUAAGGGAUCUGGGUACUGGCAAUGGGAUGAGCUGGCACCAACUGACUUCAGCCGCUACCCUAAACCAAUCAAGGAGUUGUUUACUGGAGUGCCAAACCGGCCAUCGGCUGCCAUGAGCUGGCAGGAUGGCCGAGUCUAUUUCUUCAAGGACAAAAAGUACUGGUGUCUCAAUCGGCAGCUUCGAGUAGAAAAAGGCCAUCCAAAGAGCACUGCCUACAACUGGAUGCACUGUCAUCCUCAUACACCAAGCACUACUUCAUCAGCUGGGGACACCACUCCCUCAGUCAUGGAUACCAUCUCAAAUACUGACACAGUCUUGGACAUUACUUCCGCAGACUCCACACUUUCAUUACUUGCUAAUGUCACCUUCCCUGAGGCCUAAGACUGAGCCAAAUGUCUGGUUAUUAGAUCUACAGUGGGAUGGGGCUGGGGAUUUAGCUCAAUGGCAUAAGCACCUGCCUUGCAAGCACGUGGUCGUGAGUUCAAUCCCUGGUACCGAUAAGAAUGAAAAAGACAAAAAAAGAACUACAGUGGGGUUAUGAACUUGAUCUUUAGCCCCUGAAAGUUUCAACUCCAGCCAUUACUCAUGUGAGAGGUGCUUCCCUGAUCCUGAUUCAGCCCUCAGUCUACCCAGUUUCUCCUCAUUUUAGAGAGUCUUAGAUAUCACUUCCAACUAUGUCAUCUCUCUGGAAGACAGUGGUGGAAGGCUGCAUCAAUCAGGUCUUUAGUUGACAGGAUGCAGCAGCUGAGGAAGCUGGAUACCUGGAUUCCAUUCAUCCUAGAUAAAGUGCAAGAAAAUAGUAUGGCCAGUAAAAAUGAGCAAGGGCUUUGGAGUCCUCAAGAAUUACAUUUGCCUACGUGUGACUUGGACAUCCUAAAAGCCUCAUUGACUCCUGGAAUGUCCAUUAGCAAAGCAAAGUUAAUACCAAUCCUGCAGUUGUUGCAUUAAAUGAAAUAUUUGCGUACAUGCAAAGUGUCUGGCAAGUGUAUGGCACAUUUGUGAUUAAUAAAGGUUAAUUCUAUGCUUCUAA